AUGGCCGCCUGGUGGUUCUUCACGCUCAUCAUCAUUGCCUACUACACAGCCAACCUAGCGGCCUUUCUGACUAUUUUCCUGCGUGUACCACCCAUCAAUGGGUGGAUGGAUCUACUGAAGAGUGACAUGCACUACGGCUCUGUAAAUUCCGGUUCCACCAAGGACUUCUUCUUCAACACUAACCUGGAACCCUUCCGGCAGAUGGGCGAGUUCAUGAAACGCAACCCCAGCGCUCUCUCGGAUUCUGUGCAGCAGGGUGUGGAGAGGGUGCGCAAGUCCAAGGGCAAGUACGCCUUCGUGCUGGAGUCUCUGAUGAACGAGUACUACAACAAUCGAGAGCCCUGUGACACUAUGAUGGUGGGCAGCCCCUUCGGCAACUAUGGCUACGGUAUCGCACUGCCACGCAUGUCGCCCAUGAAGGAGGUCUUGAGUGAUGCUGUGCUGAGGUUGCGUGAAAGCCAGGUGCUGGCUAGUCUGCGUAAGAAGUGGUGGAUUGAGCGAGGUCAGUGCAACGAUGAGGACCAGCGUUCAGCCUCCAAUGCGCUUGCCCUCAUUAAUGUUGCCGGUGUGUUUUACAUUCUCGUCGGUGGCAUGCUCCUGGCUCUGGCAGUCUCCCUGCUGGAGCUCUGUUACUACCUUCGACGGAAGCGCUUUUUGCAGCGGAGAGCAGAACGCAUCGAGGAGGAUCCCUGGACCCUGCAGAGGUCGACAAAGUCGCGCUAA